AUGGCACCUUCACCAUCGACGUCUACGCCGUCGUCCUCGUCUUCACCGCCUUCGCUGCAGCAAGCUACGGUGAAGUCUACGGUUGCUUGGCAGAGGGAUUUGGAGAGUUUGUUUGUGCUUGCGAAGGAUCGGUUUCCGGAUGUAGUGUGGGACUUGGUGGACGAGGAUGACGAUGCGAAGGGAGAGGAGGUAUGGGGUCACAAAGCCAUCGUCUACGCACGAGCACCACCAACUUUCCAACAACGCUACUUCUCCUUCCGGCCAGCUCCAAUAUCCUCACCAGGACCCUACUCGCCAACCGGGUUUCCGGCCCAAUCCGCACUCUCUCUAUCUCUGGGAGUUGAUCUCCCUUCCAUGUCCCGCUCCCCAUCGCCCUUCCGCCCCGUCUCCCCCAGCCCCUCGACCACCGUCAACGGCGUCCUCCGACUGACCACCACCAUCAACCCCAUCCUUUUCUCCAAGGAGCUCGAAUACCUCUACACCGGCAAAGGCUUCGGCGAAGCCUUCGAAUUCCUCUUCGACUCGACCGAGCACCGCGACGAAGGCGAUGCCGAAGAGAACCGAAUAGACAAGCUACGAAAAGACAUGGUGUUCAUGUGGCGCUCACGGCUCUACUCCGACGUCCGCAUCACGAUCGAAGGCCGCCCAUCGUCCACACACGAAAACACCGCCGCCGUCUUCUCCACACAUCGCUUCAUCCUCGUCUCCCGAUCCACAUAUUUCCACAACGCGCUCAUCGCCUGGGGCAACCCUUCCUCCAAACCUGGCGAACCUGCGACUCUGACUUUACCUUCCCCACCGUUUACGCCCCCCGCGUUACAUUUCAUUCUUGGGUUCAUAUAUACCGGGACGUUGAUAUUUUCGAAUAGGUCGUAUGACUUGGAUACGGCGUUCCACAUCAUGCGUUCCGCGACGUAUUUAUCGCUCGACACGCUCUACGACGAAGUCCAGGCGCGGAUCGUCGUCGAGAUGAUGCAUGGCCUCUUCCACGCUUUUCUCGAUUUCGCGGAGUAUGAGCGUGUCACGGGCGGGCGGUGGGGUGUCGGCGGAUGUAGAUGCCGACAAUGCGCCCGUCGCGUCCCGCGCGUGCUCGAAUUCGCGCUCCUCGACGACGUGAAGAACCCGCACCUCGAACGGGGCGCGCGUCGGGCCCUAGUCGGACUUUUUGGCGAGGGGUGGUGUCAUCCCGAGUUCGCUGGUCUGGACAAGAAAGUGCGGGAGAUGGCGUUGAAGGGCGUGGCGAAGCGGACGACGCCAAGUAAUGUGUUUGCGCUGUUGUUCGCGGCGGAGUUUGCUUUGAGAAGAUUGGAGAGCGUGAUUGAUACGUGGGCGGAUGUGGUCAAGGAUAUGAUUGUGGAGGCGAGGAAGGGGAUGGAUAGGGUGUUGAAUGAUCAGGCGGAGGAGUGUUUCCAGCAGGGGGAGUGGGAGGAGUUGAUGGAGGCGGAUGGGGUCAGGUUUGAGGAUGGGGAGAAGGUGGAGUUGAUUACGGAUGCCUUGAGGAGGGGGUUCAAUGAGAAGAGUGCGGCGAUGGUUUAUCAAGUCCUCGUGUCGUCUAUUUUGCUGCGCCCCCACGCGACGGAUCCGAACCAGACGAUGCUGUCACAGACAUCUCAUGUUCGUGUCCUGAUUGAACAGGUGCGCAUGGACGUCGUACGAUGGGUGCGUAAGAGGUGGUUUAGUAUCCGGAAUGACGGAGGGUUCAAUACGUUGGAGAACUGGGCAUUGAAGGAGCUUGCACACGCUUCGACUCCUACGACGGCGAAACCUUCGCCAGUCAAUGCGGUUAAGGAAUCCGUCACGCGGAGGGCUUCGACGGAUACGAUCACGAAGUCGACAGCCGACUCGGUUGUUGGGGCUCCGAGGGGUGCGACGCUCGAGGUUGGGAUUCCGUGUAUUAUCUCGUCGAAACGGGCGCGGUUCCGCGCGUUUGCGAGGUAUAUCGGGGAGGUGGAGGGUGAGUCUGGGCCUUGGGUAGGGGUGGAGGUGCCGUUGAUGGAUAAUGGGACGACGGAGAAGGUCGAGAAGAGGCAGUGGAAUGAUGGGACGUGGGGCGGGAUCAAGUAUUUUGAUCUCGGGGUAGGAGCGGAGUGGGAUUACAGCGAGGAGCGCGCGGCGAGGCGGCGGAGAUUGGACCAGUGGUCGGGCGGGAGCACGUUGAAGGGAUCUUCGAUCCUGGGGUUGAAGAGGGAGGCGGAGCUGUCGGUGGAUGGGAGGAGCAAGCGGUUUAGGGCUGCGUCGCCGGCGGUUUCGGAUGUGACGAAUACGACGGAGUCGAGGGGGUUGUUCGUUAGGCCUCAGCAGGUUUUGUAUGUCGUUGAUGCUGUUGGGGCGGAUUUCUGA